GACCGACCCUCUCGCUACCAUUUCGUGCCCAGCGUCACAGCGACGACAGCAUGAGGAUGUGGGAGGGUCCUACAUAUCUCUUAGAUGACCAAUGCCAUGAAGGUUUCGACCUACAAAUCAUCUCGUCCACUGUUAGUACAUCGUGUUGUGUAUGUAGCUUCUUUGGGGCGGCAUGUCCUUGACAGUUCCAUACUUCCAACAUUCCGGGCAGAAAACUGUGAGAGACUCCAAGGGAAUGUCAAGGUUCCGGGCAAGCCACAGAACAACACGCCCCCACGAACGUUUUCUCCAGUUCCUGCAUUUCAACAUCAAAUAGCAGCAUCGCUAGCACAGAACACGCGUCGGUUCAUUAGCGCCACACGUCAUCAGCCACACCCGGCAAUUACGGCACGCAUGAGCCACACCUCUACCAUGCCAAGCUCUUCGACUUGCCGGGAAAGCUACAGACUAUGCCCUAAACACAUGCAAAACAGGCUGAAAUUGCUUGAGUGCAAAGAAUCAAGGAUCACGCAAUCUGAAAUGGAGUGCCUGGCGUAUGUCAUACUGCAAAUGGGUACUGACUGUGACGUCGAUGGACCUGCGUAUGAGACUCGAACAAGCACGAGGAGAAUCACAGUGAACUAUAAGAGACUAAGAGCCUUCAUAGUGUACUCACAGUCAAGAAAUCAUCCCUAAAAUUCUGCAACCUAAAGACAUAUUCAGUUUCAAAGAAAAUCCUGCUAUCGCCUCAACACCAUCUAGCUCGUGCAACAUGGGCUGUGGACCUUCCCGACCUCGCCGCUUUAAC